AGAAUCCCAAGAAAUCCCCUUGCGUGUAAAUUUUAACAGAGGCGUCCCUGCCAAGAAAUCCCCCUUAGCUUCUCACUCUCCAUUUUUUAUAUAUAUAUAAGUUUGAAUUAGUUUACUAUGCACAUUCAUUCUUAGACCUCUUCUCCAUCUCCAUUACCAUUUCUCAGGAAACAAUACAAGUAAUUUGAUUGCUUCAAAGGAAAGUUUCUCCUCAUAUUUUAUAUACAGGUGGAUACUGUAGAGAUUAAGGAUGUUAGGAGAUUUCAUCACUAGAUGUCUCAUGAUGCUGUUUGGGUAUGCAUACCCUGCUUUUGAAUGUUUUAAAUCUAUGGAGAGAAACAGAGUUGAAAUUGAAGAACUUAGAUUUUGGUGUCAAUAUUGGGUCAUUAUUGCAAUUAUCACUGUUUGUGAGAGAAUCGGAGAUACAUUUAUUUCAUGGUUGCCAAUGUAUGGUGAGGUGAAGCUGGCGUUCUUUAUCUACUUGUGGUAUCCAAAAACAAAGGGAACUGGCUACAUCUAUGAAACUCUGCUGAGGCCUUUUGUAGUAAAGCAUGAAACCGAUAUCGACAGGAAGCUACUGGAGUUGAGAGCUAGAGCCUGGGACCUUGCCAUCUACUAUUGGCAAAACUGCACAAGUUUGGGGCAGAGUGCAUUCUUCCAAGUUCUUGACUACUUGGCUGCUCAAUCUGGAAAAUUUUCAGGCACAGGCGCUAAGAAGGCAAGCAAGUAUGAACCAAGCGCACCUCCAGUACCGGGUCUAAGUGAAUCGCCCUCAAUGAGCAAGCACAGGAACGGCAAGUGGCCGCCAAGACCACCACAGCAGCCCGGGAGCGCAAUCCACCGUGCAGUUUCGGAGUCGCCAAAUUCCAACCUUGUCCAACUCCACCUCCACGAACAAAGAGGAUUUAUACAAUCGGUGGACCCAAGCACCGCGCCUGAAUAUAAUGCCAGUGACAAGCUACAACAGGACCGAAUGAGGCUCCGCCGUUCGAAGCCAAUCUAAGACUGUAGUCUGUAAUGUUACUGUACAAAAACCAGAAAUACCCUUAAACAAAAAGAAAGGGGGAAGGAGGAAGAACACCUUCUGUAAUUGUUUUCUUCAAUUCUAAAUUCAGUUUGAUUCA